CUUCGUCACUGCAUCGGACCUGAGAAGGGGACACAGCCGAGUUCAUGCGGAAAGCGAGUCUGCUACUGAUUCAUUACCACAUGGGACUCAGUGCUACCAGCAAUAUGUCUUGACUGAACGCAGCUGGCAUCAUGGAGAGUCAAGAAGGAAACAGAACCCCGGAGCGUGUGGGCCUGAGAGCCCUGGGGACCUGGAGAGCGUUCCUCACGCUGAAGGAUGUUUUUAAUUGCCACCUCCUGAAGACGAUCGUGUUGGGUCAGGUCCUGUCCAUGCUGAUCUGUGGGACGGCUGUGACCAGUCAGUACCUGGCAGAAGCUCGUGUAGACACAUCAAUGCUGCAGAGUUUCCUAAACUACACGCUGCUGCUCCUUACCUACACCACCACUCUGUCACUCAGGAGAGGCGACGAGAGCAUUUUUAAGAUUUUGAAAGAGAAGUGGUGGAAGUAUUUGCUGCUGGCCUUGACAGAUGUUGAGGCAAACUACACAGUUGUUAUGGCUUACCAGUUUACUACACUUACAAGCAUUCAGCUGCUGGACUGCUUUGUGAUCCCGGUGCUUAUGGUGCUCUCGUGGUUCUUCCUGAAAACCCGUUACAGGCCACUACACUUCAUCGCAGUGACCGUGUGUCUGCUAGGGGUCGGGGCCAUGGUGGGAGCCGACCUGCUUGCAGGAAGAGAUCAGGGCUCAAACUCUGACGUGUUACUGGGUGAUGGCUUGGUGCUGAUCAGUGCUGCUCUAUAUGCCGUGUCUAACAUGUGUCAGGAGUACACAGUGAAAAACCUGACCAGGGUGGAGUUUCUCGGCAUGAUGGGACUUUUCGGGACACUGAUCAGCGGUGUACAAAUGGCUGUGCUUGAGGCUGAAGCAGUCAGUAAGAUCUCCUGGGACUGGACAAUAUCCCUGCUCUUCUUUUCCUAUGUGCUGUGCAUGUAUGGCCUGUACAGCUUUAUGCCUGUGGUGGUGAAAAUGACCAGUGCUACAGCAGUGAACCUCUCGUUACUGACGGCUGAUCUCUUCAGCCUGUUCUGUGGAAUCGUACUGUUUCACUACAAGUUCUCUGUCCUGUACAUCGUGUCAUUUGUGGUGAUCACUAUUGGCUUCAUUCUGUUUAACGUCAUUCCCACCUACGCACCGGAUCAAGUCGGAGGCACUGACAAUGCUUAUCAGUGCGUGGCCACGGCAGAGGUGGUGCAGGGAGAUGGAGAGACUGCACUGAACUGGCAGCAAGACGGACAGCAGGAGGAGAAGUGUGGACAUACAGAACCCUGUACUACAGUCUGUUCACUGAAAUACAUGGUGUAACCUGACACUUACAGUGUAGAGUAUACAGGUUGGAUAUGCCUGAUUUUUAAAGGAAGUGCCUUUUCACUUAAACCAGUGUUGUUUUUUUUGCUGAUUUGUUAGAUUGGAUGCAGCUUUUACACUGUAAAAUGAAGUUUUUUACUGAAAAUGUCUGAUUACUACAUCAGAAAAUGUUUUUAUUUAGUCUGAAGUUACUCUUUGCUCUCAGUAGUAGGGAAUAUUACUUUGUCAGAAACAGGGUUGUAUAUUAUUGUAGUGAUACUAGACUACACGUUUACAUUAUGUUCCAGGUGAUGGACUUCACCUAAAGUCCUUUAAGGUCUUGUGCCAGUACACAAAACAAAACAGUGCUUCUGUUCAUCAUAAUAUUAAAAUAUUCAAACCUCCGUUAAAAAAAAAGGUUUACUGAAGGUGCCUGAAAAACUCCUGUUUUAAAUCUAAAAGAUUAUCACCUCAUGCAAUUGCAUUCCAUUGUUCCUUAAAUUAUUGUCAUAAAAUGAUAAAACUUUUGGGCAGUUUAUAAAGUUUUACUGCUUAAAGCAGAUGUACCAACUGUAUGAGAACUUUUUUUAGUGAUAUGCUGAAUAUUUAAUAAAUAAUUUUGUUUCUA